AUGACCAGCGGGACACCUUCAACGUCGCUACUGUCUCCCCCACCAUCCGGUUCACUAUUCAGUCCAAAUCGAGGGACUUCAUUUGGCUUGGGACCAGCUAGUUCCCUAUCCGGAAGGAACAAUCCCCUCACGCUUCGCCUUUACAAGGUUCUUGGGUCGUCAUAUUCUGAUCCAGCAACCUAUGAGGCUCUAACGACGGUUUCCGACUUCUAUGCCGAUGCUUCGGAUUCUCGUGGAGUAGCAGCUAGGGCGAGGAAAUCACUACGCAAGGAUACAGAAGACAGACUAGCGGAGGGAAGUCGACGAUUUCUUGAUGCUUUUGGAGAAGUCAACUCGAAAUUGGAAGUUCUUGAAGAGCAUGUCACAGAGAUGCACACACAGUGUGACGAUGCACAAAACCAAUUGCAAACAGCACAACUAGCCUGCAAGCAUCUGCUGGAAAUGUCAUCUUCGCUGCUUGCUCAACGGAAAAGCACAGCUACCAAAGCCGCUCUCAUCUCCCUGUUCCUGUCCCGCUUCACCCUUACAGAAGCGGAGACGGAGGCCCUCACGAGCCGGGAGGUGCCUGUUGGUGAUCGUGUCUUAGCAACCUUGGACAGUGCUACUCGAAUAAGAGAAGAAUGCCGAGUCUUGCUGACCGGAGAGGGAGGAGGGACUAAGGCCGGCACUGAUAUCAUGACCACCACAUCUUCCCUCCUCGAAAAGGGACACGAGAAGCUAGCUCGUUGGGCAUCAUUCGAGCUGCAUACGCUCGCUCGCGACCCACCCGCCGAAGUGUCUCCCACGUUGCAGGAGGUCAUUCGCCGCCUACGGCCCUACCCCGACCUCCUCUCCACCGCAUUAUCCACAUUCACAGAUACCCGCCGUACACACCUUCUUUCUUCUUUCCUUGCUGCCCUCACCCUCAAUCCGACAUCCAGAGCACCGAUUGAGCUACAUGCACAUGAUCCAAUCCGUUACGUUGGCGAUAUGCUUGCCUGGAUCCACGGAGCAGUUGCCAGCGAGCGAGAGUUCUUGGAGAGCCUGUUCGGAAUCCGAGUGAGGCGGUGGGUUGGAGAAAAACGAACUCCGGCGCCCAAAGGACAGGAACUUGAGGAGGCGGAGCGAUUGGUCGACGAAGGACUUGAGCGUGUGAGAGCACCCCUCAAGGUCCGGGUGCAACAAACGAUCCGAUCACAAGAGUCCCCGCUUGUUACGUACAAGCUGUACAACCUCUUGCAGUUCUAUGCCGUCAUCAUUGCCCAAACCGUAGGGCCGGAUGCCCAGCUUUCUAAUUUGCUGCGAGAGCUGACCGACGAUGCAUACUCCAUUUUCUUCGAAGCGCUUGCCGCUCAAGGCCGUUCCCUCCUGCGCUUCCUUCAUCCCCCGGAUACUGACCUGUCCCCCCCUUUGGAGCUGCGCUCGGCCUCACACACACUGCGCGAAAUCAUCGAAGUCUACACUUCAGCGCUCGUUCCGCCUCCCUCCUCGCCGACCACUGAAGAGCUGGUUGAAGACGACCGCAGCUUCGACAAGGUACUGACGGCCGCGCUUGGGCCAAUGGAGGAGAUGUGCAGACGUGUAGCUGAACUGGGUGGUGGGGGAUGGAACGGUAAGGUGUUCUUCGUGAACUGUGUGGUCUACAUGCAGGGUAUCUUGGCUCCAUUUGAGUCUGCACAAGCUCAAGUGAUGGACCUCCAACAGAAGAUCGAGAAAUCAGUCGAGGAGCUGGUGGAGGAAUAUUAUACAAAGACACUGAAAGAUAGCGGACUUGCCCCUAUCCUGCAAGCCAUUGAGACAGUAGAUGCAACUACCCCGUUAUCACAUCUUCCUGCUUCAUCUCCUGCAGCCUUAUCUACAGCACUCACUGCCUUUUCGCAAUUCCUCGCAUCACCACUUCUUUCGCCCCCUUUGUUACCUGCUCAAAUAUCGCUCAUCAUCCAUCAACGCACGUUAGAACGUGUCGAGCAAGGAUACGCCCGAAUAUGCGACCAGGUGCGAAAGCCAGAGAACAGGUACGAAGCGGCCGAGACCGUGCUGGGCGGACGGAGACCAUGGGGAGACCGGAGAGUGCUGAGGCAGAUAUUUGGACUCGCUGCCAGUGAGGAAUAUGCUUGA